AUGGACCUGAAGACUGUUGAUGAGCUCCUAGAAUCAAUAAGUAGCAAUUUAAAUGGGGGCCCAAACAAGGAAACGGCCAUUCGUGCCAUAAAUGAGUUUCAAGCCGAUCCAUUGCAACUUGAUCGGAAGCUGAAGCAUUUCAUCAAGGAUCUCACAAAGGACUUCUUCGGAUCUUCAGAUAAAGAGCAGUGCGAUAUUGGAGAAUUAUUUUACAACUUCUCGAAGGUUUGCGGAUGGAAGAAAAGCAUGCGCCAGCUAGAGUGCGACAUAUAUAUGUUACCCCAACUGCUACGCCACUUGUCGAUAAAUGAUACCAAAUCCAGCUCGUGGCACUUGAAUUUCCUACUCCUAGUCUGGAUAAAUCUGCUUAUCAUGUCGCCAUUCAAACUAGAAAACGAUGAAGAGGUGUAUAAACUGACGAGUGGCUUUAAAAACUCGCUCUCACUGAAACCGAUCGUUUGCAGUAUCCAUGCAGAGCUUUUUAUUCGGAACAUCCAGCUAUUUCAAUGGUAUGUAACUGAUAAAGCCAUGGACCUAGAAACUAUGAAUCUGACCUUAAAGCUCUUGGUUGUGAAAAACAAUGAUGUGCAAUUGGCUUUCUUUGACUUGCCUUUGCUGCAGCGGGUUCUAAACAUGAUUACAUCCAGCGAUAUCACCAACGAGGAACAAGGCAUUUUAUCUUUUAAAAUUUUACCCAAGCUUUGCAGAAUGCUUGCAGCAAGAGAUGAAUGGGACACCAUAGAAGAUGUCAUAUCCUUUUUUCUGCGGCACCUCGGACUAUCUUUCACAGAGCUUCGCUUUAAACUGGCACGGAAUCUAGGAAAGAUUGCAACUAUAAUCCAUAGUUACGAUCCAGAGUUAGCGGGCGAUUUUGUCAGCACGAUUGUCUCAGAAGUCACGCAAGUGCUGUCCCACCAGAUCCUUGAAUCAAUUGAUGCAGAUUCAUUGCACAGUUAUCUGCUCAUUUUGGCCGAGUUUGCACGGUUCAAACUACUUCGCGUGGAACAAUUAGAGAUCAUCGGCAAGGAGAUUGUGCCUCAUACUAUAUUUUUCCAACAAAUGCGUAUCUCCAACGUACAAGGUCAUCAUAUUCGAGAUGCUACCAAUUUUAUAUGUUGGUCGGUGGCGCGCAAUAUGACCGAUAUUCCGGAUGAUAUCAACCUAUCGUUAUUACUUCAUCUUUUGAUGAAUUCCAUGUCGGACUUUGAGCUGAUAAUCCGGCGCUCUUCUAAUGCUGCGCUACAGGAACUGCUUGGAAGACACGGCUCCCGCGUUCUACAAUACCCGGUUAUCAUCAAGUUAAUAGAAAUGUCAGUCACUAAUAUCAACCGGUGUUUUAUGGAAAAUAUUCCGACGAUUUACAAUAUCCUAAAAGAUACUGCAGGUUGCAGCCAAUUUAUCUGCAAUUGGCUAGUAAAUUACACCAUUAACAAAAACCAUUAUUUUCAGGUCGUUAAAUUGGCAUGUGCCACUUUCAACAUAAUCUACAGAAGUGGUGAUUCCAAACAGAAACUUGAAUGUGACGAAACAAUUAAGGAACUGGGAAAUAUAGCGUCACAAAACAAUUCCACUAUUAGUAGGUUGUUGUAUCUUUUCACAAGUUUACCAUCUACAGAGCAUACACAAGAAAACAAAGAACUGGCCAUAUUAUGUUUUAGCGAGUUGACGCAGAAGGAAUUAAAUAAAUCGGGCUCCGCAGCGGAAUCUUUCGAAAUCCUUUCUUUCCUAAAGUUCUUGGUGUACAUGCCUGAACAAAGGAUUUCGGUUUCCGUUGUAAAUCGUCUGUUCCAAGCCCUUCGGAAGAUCGAAGAAUCAGAUGCUGAGUUUCCUGAAUUUAGCAAUUUGUUCAAUCAGCUGGUGAAACGUGCCUCUGAAGAUGACCAAACCUUCUUUAGCGAAGAAGCUAAGGAUCUCUUUUGGAAAACCUUCUACAAGUACAUCAAGUAUAACCACACUUUAUCAUGCUCUGCUUUACCCCAUACUAGUACUCCAGUGUUUGUUAAGUCUUUCUAUGUUCUGGUCCCGCAGAUGGACAGUUUCACUAAAUCUAGACUAUUGAAUUCAAUGUCUGAGAUGCUUGAAAAUCUUGGAGAUAAUGAUUUACUGUUUGACCUUGUAUCAUUAUUGGAUGAUUACACAGUAACUGAACAGGGAGACGUCGGCCGGCUAGUGAGGACUGGUGUGGUAAAGCUGAUCAAAAAUAAUCUGCCACUUUUUACCAAAGAUGAGCGGUUGAUGAAAGAAACAUUUAUGAGAUUACUGCGAUUAAUUGGAGAACAGCAAGAUGAACUGCGCUUAGCAUCUUUUGAAAUUUUAACUAAGAAGUUCAACUAUAUUCCGGACGAAGAAGCUCCAUUCAAUGCUCAGAUCUUAAACUUUUAUAACUGCCACUUCAAUGGGAACAGGGAAUUUUGGCGGGGAUACCUAAUAUCCGCCGGAGCUAUACAUUCCACUGAUAAGCAGAUUGUAUCUGCGAUUGAUGAAUUUUUAAGGUUUUAUGGAAAACUGGAAAAUGAACAUAAGUUGUCCUUACUUAAUGAGCUCGUUAGAAUAAUACCCAGUGCAAAGGAAAUUAGGGAACGGAAUGGAAAUUAUGUCGAAAGGAAUAGUAUGGGUGCACCAGGAAGGGAUAUUAUUAAGGUUACGGCUGUGAUGCUCACUUUUUGGCUAAGAAUACUCGAAUCUGGGAUAUACAUUCCUCAUUCCUUUAAUUAUGAAGGCGUAUUUGCGAAGUUUUACAACCUACAAUUAGGAAAAGCAGGUCAAAGGCUACGGAUGCCCGUUUUCAACAUUAUGCCACUAUUGAGCUUGUCGAAACAUAGAUACUCAAAAGACAAAGAAAGUUCGAUAAAAUUUACCAACAACAUCAUUAAAACCCUAUGGAAGCUUGGGAAGCCACAUUCAAGCAAUCAAACACAGUUACAAACAAUUGCUUUAGAAUCGAUCCUAAAGAUACACCUCGGACAUGGAAAGCUAGAUCUGGCAAAGAUGCUUGAGGCACGCCGAGUCGCCGUAGGUUCCGAAUAUUUAUCCACGAUAAACGACACAGACAUGCUAUUGACAUAA